UGCAAAUGAGUUCUGUAAUAUUUCAUCCUGUUCUCUUGAAGUCGAGUUAAAGCUCACAGGUAUGAGAAGUUGCCUACAAACCAAAUCCUAUAGAAGAAAUGGUAACAAUCUGGGGCUGAACUUUUGAAAAACACCAGAAAUUACAUAUAACUAUUGGGGAUUUUGAGGACAUUUCUACAAAGUACAAGAAUGGCUAACUACAACACAGAAGCACAGGCGCCUACCAAACUCAGUCAAGUUCAGGAUCAAGUCAAUGAUGUUAAAGUGAUUCUCAAAGACAACAUCAACAAAGUACUGGAGAGAGGAGAGAGGUUAGAUGACCUGAUCGGCAAAACUGAUGACCUUCAGGCCACGGCUGACUCAUUUCAAAAGACAUCCACACGUGUUGCCAGAAAGAUGUGGUGGAAAAACACUAAGAUGAUGAUUAUAAUUGGAGUGGUUGUGCUUGCUGUUGUUGUGUUAAUCAUUCUGUUAGCAACAGGUGUGAUUCCCUCAUAAUAAUAAACAAAGUUAAUGUACAAAUGUUCCCAUUCAAUAAUUGAAUGGUUAAUUACAUCUACAUCCUGGUAAAGAAUAAUUGGAUGGCUUUAUGGUCUGGAUAAAUGUAUGUGUACAGUGCUAUUUAUUGGUGUUCUAUACAUUUCAUAGGAAAUAAAAUAUAAAUCUGUGAAGAGUAGAUCAAUAGAGUUUUUGUAAAUAUGCUUGAUCUGAUAUUUCUUGCGAUGAAUUGUAAUUAAACUCAAAUACAUUUUUCAAGAUGUAUUUUCAGCUUUUAGUUUGAGACUAACCACUGUGACUUUACACUUUCAUCCCAGGAGAAUCAGAAAUAUUUCAGUCAUUGUAUUUAAUAAAAAAUAUUGCUGUCAAGGCAACAUAUAGGGAUUUAUAACAUAGUUGCAGUGACGUGCGGCGAUGUCUUAAAGAGGCUAGGCACUGAGUUAUGAAAGCCAGAUUACCUGAUUUAUUGUUUAAGCUAUAAUACGUAAUAUCAGUAAACGUUACGCACAAGUGCGGCAUAUCAAGAAAUGUACAAAUCAGGAUGUAUAUCGUGUACACACUCUCUCUCUCUCUCUCUCUCUCUCUCACACACACACACACACACACACACACACACACACACACACACACACACACACACACACACACACACACACACACAAGCGCGUAAACAGUGAACGUUACGCACAAGCGCAGCAUAUCAAGAAAUGUACAAAUCAGGAUGUAUAUCGUGUACUCUCUCUCUCUCACACACACACACAAACACACAUACACACACAAGCGCGUAAACAGUGAACGUUACGCAUUUAUCAGAUCCUUCAAAUCCUCACGGUUUUCCUUUACCUUUUCAUUGUGGUAGGUUAUAUUCAGCUUCCUUUGCUCAUCAAGUGCAAGGUUGAUCCGAGAUUUUCCAAAGGUUUUCAGUGUAAUUUGACACUGGAUGUGAGCUGACGACUUUUCAUGCUUGGUUAAAGCUGCUGGCAGGUUGUUCAAAUCACAAUAUCCUGCUGAAGUCCAAACAGUCUGACAGGUUGAAAAAAGCAGGCAGGGAUAGCAGUACAGCCGCUGAUUGUUAGAACAGCCACAUAGCCAAUCUUUUCUUACAUACCAAUCAGUUUGAAAUGAUCGGAUAAUUUUUGGGCCCUUUUGCUGUGCUAGUCCAUCUAAGGCUGGCGUAGACCUCCCUCUUGCAAUUAACUCAUAUUUGGUUAUAAAAUUUCCUAAUUCCGUGAUUACGGCCGGUGUUCUGUCAUUUUGAAUUUGGCGGGGAUUAGGCAUGUACGCUAGCUGUGGUGUAAUGACGUUAGCUACGCAAAUGUCCAGAAAUAUCUCGAUUUUAAUUGGUCCAUGUCUGAUACGUAACGGAGAUGAUUACGGGCAUAACAUAUUUACGUCAAAAGGCACAGCAGAUUUGUGCUUUUUGCCGUACAUGUUAAAGAAUACAGGAUCGAAGUGCGCAUGCGCAACAUGGGUUUUCCGCUUGUUGUCUGCAAUGAAUGGACCGUAAAAGCACUGCUUAUUCUACCAUAUGUUUUUAGUUGAUUAUGCGUAACUGCUACAUUUGUCAUCAUAACGUCUAAACAAUUGGAAUAACACACAUAUUGCAUAUAUAAAUCACAAGAAUAAAAAGUAAAAAUACAAAUACAAGUUUAUUAUUUAAUAAACAUUUUAUUUUUGAAUUUUGGCAGGGUAGGCAGUACCUAGUUUGCCUACCCAGACCAUUGUUGCCAACUUAGC